UUGGAGAGAGAAAGAGGCAUUACGAUUCAGUCGGCCGCCAUCACCUUUAACUGGCCAUUACCGGAAGACUGUCAGCCAGGAACGCAUCCCAAGACGAUCAAUCUCAUUGAUACGCCCGGCCAUCAGGACUUUAGAUUUGAGGUCGACAGGUGUCUCCCUGUUCUCGAUGGAGCUGUAUGCAUCAUCGACUCGGUGAAGGGUGUAGAGGCUCACACAGAGAGAGUCUGGGCUUCCGCACAUGAACACAAGAUCCCUCGCAUCGUCUUCGCCAACAAGUUGGACCGAGAAGGUGCAUCUUUCCGCAAGUCGGUUCUUGAAAUCGGAUCCCGACUGAACGGAUGGCCCCUCGUCUGUCAGAUUCCAUGGUGGGAGGGCGAUCAGUUCGUUGGCGUCAUCGAUGUCAUUGACCGCGUUGGAUACCGCUGGAAAUCGGAGAAGCAGAAGGUCAAGUACGACACCGCACAGCUCCAGGAGGUGCUUUCGGGCAACCCGCUUCUGCAAGAGAUUGAAACCGCUCGGGAAAGACUGAUCGAAGGUCUCGCCGAUUGGGAUGAGGCUAUCAUGGACCUCUUCGCGGACGACCCGAGCAAGAUUACCAGCCAGAUGCUCAAGAGCGCCGUCAGAAAGGCUAUCCGUACGGGCGACGGAAACGUCAUUCCCGUCCUGGCCGGCGCAAGUUUCCGGCAUAUUGGUGUUGAGCCCUUGAUGGACGCCAUUGUCGACUACCUCCCCAGCCCAGAUGAGCGACCCGAGCUUGAGGUCCGCAUAGGAGGCAACAAGCAGGAACUCCAGACCUUGCUUGAUAGCCAUGACAAGCUCCCGGCUAAGAAGGCCCAUGGUCGUGUAUCUGCCGUGGCAUCUGUCUUCAAAGUCUACACACAUCCGAAGGAGGGAGUCCUGAGUUUCGUGAGAGUUUACCACGGUGAACUGCACAGGAACUCGGCUACUUGGAACACUCACACUCAGACGUCGGAGAAGCCGUUCGGUCUUUUGCAAAUUUCCGCCGAAAAGACUGAGGACGUGCAGCAUCUCGCGACGGGCCAAAUCGGCGCUAUCAAGGGGCUGAAAAAGGCUCGCACGGGAGACACUCUUCUCACAUCUGUUGGCAACAAGCAGGUUCCCGAUAGCCUCAAGCACAUCCACGUUAGACCGCCCGAAAUCCCGCCCGCGGUUGCUUUCCUGGCCAUCGACGCUCAAAGCAACACUGCCGCCCAGGAGCUUGAGAUAGCUUUGGAGAAUGCUUCCCGAGAAGAUCCCAGUUUGAGAUGGUACCGGGACGAGAAGACAGAACAAUUCAUUCUCCAGGGUAUGGGUAAGCUCCACCUGGACAUCGCCGUCUACAACCUGAAGCAGAACCCCAAGGUGCAGGCAGACUUCGGCCCCAUCGAAGUCGAUUACAAAGAGUGCAUCACCGCUCCGAUCGGUCCUCAUCGUGUAACUUUCGACAGAGUCGUCGCCAGCAAGUCCGGCAUGGUCUCCUGCAGCGCGACGAUCGAACCGCUCGAAGACCACCACCGCGAAGCCGCCCUCGAACCAACUGUCGAGCGCGAUGGCAACCUGAUCCACAUCAUCAUCGACCUCCCCGACAGGAAAGGCUACAUCCCGAGCUUCGACCCCGAAGAGGCCCGUCAACAACUCCUCAACGGUGUCGUCGCCGCCGUCGCCCGUGGUCCCCGUCGCGGCUCUCCCGUACAGGGCUGCCACAUCACCAUCACCGUCGACGCCGAGGAGGUCGAGAAUCCUUCAGGCGGGCACUUCACCGGCGCAGCAUCCCGCGCGGUCCGCGAAGCCCUCCGCGAGGCGCACACCGGUCGCCAGGCUGUCGGUGUGAUGGAACCCGUCAUGCUUGUGAACAUCAGCUGUCCCGAAGCGGCAGCGGGUAUGGUGCAGCACGACAUCAGCUCCGGCGCGGGCGGACACGUUUUGGAGGUCAACGACAAGUCUGCCGAAUCAAGCUCGACGAUUGACGUGAGUAGGAUCUACGCGCCUCCGGACCCGUACGAGAGCGUUGCCUCUCUGAGGGGCAAGAAAUCAUUGGCCAGAACGGUGGAGAUCGUGGCCAAGGUGCCCUUCAAGGAGGUCCUCAACUUUGAUGAGCAUUUGAGAGGGAAGACUGGUGGUCGACACUCGAUGACCAUGGCGUUUGAUAGCUUUGAUCGCGUCGUUGGUUCGAGAGAGAAGGAUCUGUAG